AGAAACAGGAGAUUUUGUUCCAACAUCGAGUCUGGGAGUAACACACUGCAGCUGCAUUUCCUUCCCCACAACUACAAACAUUUGACACUGGUGUUUCCCCGUCUCCACACCUGUCUUCAUCUUCUUCUUUUUUUGAUUUUUUUUUUUUUUUUAAUCUGUGUGGCGGGUUUUUGGCAAACAGCAGGGCAGCCCAGAGCUGACUGGAGCUGGCGCUGCCAAACAAAGACGCAGGAAGGAAAAAAAAAAGAAGAAGCAAACUGGACAGCAUCACACACCGCAGAAGUUCUUCUUCUCCACUUUGGGCUCACUUGUGUCAAAGGGAUUGAAAGGAACCCACUUGCUCGCCUUGUGACUUUCUGCCUCCUUGAUGGACCAAGAGGAAAGCUAAAUGCACCCGAGUGAUUCUGGAGCACCUGAGAAGAGAGGCAAGCUUCCCACCUUUGUUCUUGCCUUAUGAGAGUGCUCUCUGUGGACUCCACCUCAGCACUCUCUGUACUGUUUAGUUACCGCAUGUAUCCACGGCUCUCAGGUGUAGGAAAAGAGUGAAACACAAAGAGGAAAGAAGAAAGGCGAGGAGAUAAAGAGAGCGAGGCUGCAUAAUUAGUAUUACUGGGUUUGUGUCAGAACUAGAAACCAUGAGAAGAGACUUCUGAAGACGACCGUGCUCUGAAAAAUAUUGCGGCUAUCCUUCAGGACAAUUGUAUAUGUGUGUGCGGGUAUAUGUGUGCACACCUCUUUCAUUUUCAAAGGACUUGAAUUUGUAUUUGGAUGCGGAUUUAGCCUUUCAUUAUGACUCUGCGAAGAAGCUUUGAGAGAGCGUGGAUUGGCUGCCACAGAGGUGUCUGCUGCUGGGUGUUGCUGCUGGCUUGUUAUUUCUCGAUUGCACUGGCAGCCAAACCCAAAAUGCCAGGCCACACGCACCUCAACUCAAUACGCAUUGAUGGGGACAUAUCUCUAGGUGGGCUGUUCCCGGUGCACGCGAGGGGGAACGAUGGCAAAGCCUGUGGAGAGCUGAAGAAGGAGAAGGGGAUCCACAGGCUGGAGGCCAUGUUAUUCGCCCUGGAUCGUAUCAAUAAUGACAAUGAGCUGCUGCCUAACAUCACUCUGGGGGCGCGCAUACUGGACACCUGCUCCCGGGACACCCAUGCUCUGGAACAGUCGCUGACAUUUGUUCAGGCAUUGAUUGAGAAAGACUCGACUGAUGUCAAGUGUCUCAGCGGAGGGCCGCCCAUCAUCACGAAGCCUGAGAGAGUGGUGGGAGUGAUUGGUGCGUCGGCCAGCUCCGUGUCAAUCAUGGUCGCCAACAUAUUGCGUCUCUUCAAGAUCCCUCAGGUGAGCUACGCCUCCACAGCCCCGGAGCUGAGCGACAACACUCGCUACGACUUCUUCUCCCGCGUGGUGCCUCCAGACACCUACCAGGCUCAGGCCAUGGUGGACAUCGUCAAAGCCAUGCGCUGGAACUACGUCUCCACUGUGGCAUCUGAGGGAAACUACGGAGAAAGUGGCGUUGAUGCGUUUAUUCAAAAGUCUCGAGAGGAUGGUGGCCUGUGCAUUUCACAGUCUGUGAAAAUACCACGUGAGCCAAGGGUUGGAGAGUUUGACAAGAUCAUUCGCAGGCUGAGUGAGAACCCCAAUGCUCGAGUAGUCAUCAUCUUUGCCAACGAGGACGACAUCAGGCGGCUCCUCCAAGCAGCUAAGAAGGCCAAUCAAACAGGCCAUUUCAUCUGGGUGGGUUCAGACAGCUGGGGCUCCAAAAUUGCCCCAAUACUGAACCAAGAAGAAAUGGCAGAAGGUGCCGUCACCAUCCUCCCCAAACGACAGUCCAUCAAAGGUUUUGAUCGCUACUUCAUCAGCCGAACACUGGAGAACAACAGGAGGAAUAUCUGGUUUGCAGAGUUUUGGGAGAAUAACUUCCAAUGCAAGCUCAGUCGGCAUGCUGUGAAGAAAGGAUCUGGUAUCAAAAAGUGUACAAACCACGAGCGGAUCGGGAAAGACUCAUCCUACGAACAGGAGGGGAAGGUCCAGUUUGUGAUAGAUGCUGUUUAUGCAAUGGCUCAUGCUCUACAUAACAUGCACAAAGACCUCUGUCCUGGAAAAGUUGGCCUCUGCUCCAAGAUGGACACCAUCAAUGGCACGCUGCUGCUCAAGUACAUCCGCAAUGUCAACUUUACAGGCAUCGCGGGCACCCCGGUGGUCUUCAAUGUGAAUGGAGACGCUCCUGGUCGCUAUGAAAUCUACCAAUACCAGAUCACAAACAACACCACAGAGUACAAGAUCAUUGGUCACUGGACAGAUCAGCUCCACUUGGACACCAAUGAGAUGCAGUGGCCUGGUGGAACACAAGAAGUCCCUUCCUCUAUAUGCAGUCAACCCUGCCGUCCAGGGCAGCGCAAGAAGACCGUGAAGGGAAUUCCAUGUUGCUGGCACUGUGAGAAUUGUGAUGGCUACCAGUAUCAGGCAGACACUUACACCUGCAAGAUGUGCCGCUUUGAUUUGCGGCCCAACGAUAACCAUACUGGCUGUGUUCCCAUUCCUAUUGUUAAGCUGGAGUGGAGCUCCCCGUGGGCAGUCAUCCCUGUCCUCAUCGCUGUCUUGGGGAUCAUGGCCACUCUGUUCGUCGUUGUCACCUUUGUACGCUACAAUGACACGCCCAUUGUUAAGGCAUCAGGUCGAGAACUGAGCUACGUGCUGCUGACGGGUAUCUUCCUCUGCUAUGCUACAACUUUCCUCAUGAUCUCCACUCCUGAUGUGGUUAUAUGCUCCCUGCGAAGGAUUUUCCUGGGCCUCGGUAUGAGUAUAAGCUAUGCAGCACUGCUUACCAAGACGAAUCGGAUCUACAGGAUUUUCGAGCAGGGCAAAAUGUCAGUCAGUGCCCCUCGGUUCAUCUCCCCGGCCUCCCAGUUAGUCAUCACAUUCAGCCUGAUAUCAGUGCAGCUCCUUGGAGUGUGCAUCUGGUUUGGUGUCGACCCAUCUCAAGCAAUCAUCGACUACGAGGACCAGCGCACAGCCAAUCCUGAAAUGGCCCGUGGUGUUUUGAAAUGUGAUAUAUCAGACCUGUCUCUCAUCUGUCUGCUGGGUUAUAGCAUGCUGCUGAUGGUCACCUGCACAGUUUAUGCCAUCAAGACGAGAGGGGUUCCCGAGACGUUCAACGAGGCCAAACCCAUCGGCUUCACCAUGUACACCACCUGCAUCGUAUGGCUCGCCUUCAUCCCCAUCUUCUUUGGAACCUCACAAUCGGCAGAGAAGAUGUAUAUCCAGACCACAACUCUGACCAUCUCCGUCAGCCUCAGUGCGUCGGUCUCUCUGGGAAUGCUCUACAUGCCUAAGGUCUACGUGGUUCUCUUCCAUCCAGAGCAGAACGUACCCAAGCGCAAACGCAGCCUGAAGGCUGUGGUCACUGCAGCCACUAUGUCCAACAAGUUCAACCCCAAAGGCAGCCUGAGGCCCAACGGAGAGGCCAAGUCUGAACUCUGUGAAAGUCUUGAAACACAAGUGUUGGCCUCAAAGCAGACAUACAUAAGCUACAGUAACCAUGCCAUCUAAGACAGAGAUGAACCGCGGAAGAGGAGCAAAGGGCCUGCCUGAGGAGAAAUCACCUGCUUCUGGGGAAUAUUUGGGAAAUGCUGGAGAACUUUCAAGCUGCUGCAGUGGAGAGGGCUGGGGUGGAAAGAUGGGAAUUUGUCACUCCAAAGGAUGUCAUAUUUUUCUAGGGAAUCAGGUAAAGGCUUAAAUGCCAAAUUUAUGGGGGGAAAAAAAUGGUAGAUUACGAGGAGGUAGGCGGGAGACGUAAAAAGGAGCUUGGACAGUUAAUUUUCCUCUUCCCACCCUUUCUGAGUCACGAGCAAGUGUUGAUUGGUGACGUUUCCAGAUGCAGGCUGACUGAACCACCUGGAGCCUACAGUGCGUUUUUUUCUUCUGAAGUGUAUAGCACACGGUUUCAGUUCUCGAGCUGAAGCUGAAUCCUUUGUCUCAUUUCAACAAAAACAGGGGAAAAGCGUUCCGGUUUUUGUCAAAUGCAGUUGACAAGUUGAAACAGCAUAAAAAUAUCGGAAUUAUUUUUGGUUACAGGUAUCAUUGGAGUUGAAAGCUGCAGUACUCUUCAGACUGUACAUGCCUUACUACAGUACACUCAGUAUUCCUACACAAACUAACCAUAUCUGAAACCCAUGGAGAUAAAGCAGUGGGUCACCCCAGUUGUUUUAUAAAUGUUUCAUAAUAAUUAUGAUGACACCAUCAUCUUGGCAAACCAAUAGUGUACAGUCCCAGAGCAUGCUAAUGGGAGCAUCACGUGUACUGUGCUGUGUUGUCAACGUCUAUGGAAUGCAACAUUUGUCAUGGUUGUCAUUCACAGUGGAGAUGUCAUUUUGGACCAUUACCCACUGGGUUACCCUCUGCUAAAUAAAGAGUGAACAAACGUGAAAAGGAGCCAAAAUAAACACAAAUUGCCAUGGGAUAUCUUUGUGGUUUACAUCACAUUCCAUACGUGUCAGCCAGGACUUGGAGACUUGACAACUCAUACUUUAAACAUCCCAGAUUUAUUGGCCCUCAUUUGUCAUGCACUUGUUGAAGCCUUUGUAAAGCAGAGCAGUUAGAUAACUUAAAAAUUUCACCCUAGCCAGAAUGAAAAGCCCUUCACAGAUCCGUGCGAUUAUGUAAUCCAUAAUUUCCGUAUCUGUGCAUUUCAAUGAUGAAAGAAAAAAAAGUGCAGAAUUUUGUCCACAGUUUAAGAAUACUUUCUGAAUUUUUAUAGCAGUGGAGCAAGAGUAAUACAGAUGAGACAGUAUGUUCUGCCCCUCAAUGCGAGACUUUCAUAAAAUGCUUGAUUUAUAAGGGAAAAAAAAACCCCAGAACAUAUCAGUCUAAUGUUGUGCCACAUUUAUUAUAGUUAAAUCCUGAUGGUACAUGAUAAAUGGGACAGGAGAAAUGCAUAGAACAGUAUAAUAUAUUGUGUUGUAGAUGCAUGGGUAAUCUGUGUUCCUUGCAAAAGAUUUAUACGCACAAAUUGAUUCCCUCUUGUGGGUCAAGAAUUUGGAGGCCGCCACGGAAAUGAUAAAUGGGAGUUUUAAUAGCAUUUUCAUGCAAAAUUAAGCUCAUGUAGCUGCUCAGUAUUAUCGCCAUCAUCGCCCAUUUGGAGACGGUGCAAGCUCAGUUCUGCUAAACAGCCAAAAUUGGCAAAAUUAGUGUUAAUAUGACAUGUCUAAAUGAUCUCCCUCUUGUUCGUUGUCAAGACAUAACAUAUAAAUACAGGACUUAGCUAUAGUUUAUUUAGCCUAAGCAGGCCUUGUUACAGUAAACCUGCAUUUAGUUCACUUUUAAUGUGUCUCACUGAGAAGCAACUGGUGUGUUGUUUUUUUUCACUAAUUGUUCGGAUUGUUUGGUCAAAACACAAACUGAAUGAGUCAACACCCAGAUAUAAAACUUUUUACUAAAAACUAAAAAACAUCUGUUUCGAGCAAAUGCAUUCAGACACGUUUGCACCACGCCUUCCCAGUAGGAAACAGCGACUGACCUAGCAUCUAGCAGCGUAAAAACCCACCUUUUCACACGAGCUGGUGGAAACCAAAAUGGAGAUAAAAGGCCAGCGAACGUAUCACCAUUAUAAUACCCAUUUUGUUCUGUUCAUGAUGGAUGUGCAGAAAGGCAGCUGUUUGCUAAUUUGUUUAUCAUGUCAGUGUGGCAUCUCAGGUUUUUGUUUCUGUGUUUGUUUUGGCGUGUCUCUGCCCCCUAGUGGUUAGAAAUCCAUCAGUACAGCUUUAAAUUUCCACAGAAUUCAUAAUCACUGCUCCUUAACUACAUUCAUUGAUUCUUACAAUAUUACUGACAACAUUUCCUCUUUAGGUCAGAGAAGGUUUGAAUAGCUGCUUGAUAAAUAAGGGCCAGUGCCUUCAUUCUGUGCCUCAUACCCAUUAAACAACUCCUGCCGUUCUUUCCAUGGAUCUUUCAUGGUGUCAUUUGUGUUGCAUCCAUUACCUUUCAGGUGUAUUCUGUUCAAGUAUAAUUGAGAAAGGACUCAAUGUAAAAUGUAUAAUUAAGUGUGUAAACCCCAUUUCUGUCUCCAGUCUCUGAAGUAUUCGUCAUAAAACAGUAACUCUGGAAUUUGUCUCAUUAAAUGUUACCUUCAGCGAUGCAAAAGUCUGUAUGUUGCAUGUCAGAACCCAUAACAAGUCAUGUGAACAAUCUGAGAGAAAGGCAUAAUGUCCAGAAGGAAAACUACUGCAGAGGAUUAUAAAUAACUAAUAUUUUUUGGUUUAAUCAAUAAUUCUCUCAGCUCUCAGCUUCAACAAGUCUAAGGUGUUGCCGCAAAAUGUUGUUUUCUCAUCAUUUGAUACAGUAUUGUUUGUGGGAUUGUUUGUGUUUGUGAAUAUGAUAAUUUACUGCUUUUUUUUCUCCGUUGUUGCCACAACCCCCCUUCCCCCUUUAUUUUUCUAAAAAAAAAACAACAAAAAAAACACUUUGUCUGUGUUACAAAAAUAGAAUAUGUAAGUGCUGACUGAAAUUAAAUGGCAAGUUAAUGUACGUUAUUAAAAUGGAUUGAUCAUGUCUGCUUUAUGUACUUGAUUAUUUAAAAAAAGAAAAAAAGAAAAAAGAAAGAUAAAAAAAAUAAAUAAAAAAAGAGUUACAGUGCCUGGAUAUUUAUGAACUAUCUAUAGAAAAAAAUAAAGAUGUGUAGAGCAUGUUCAUUUUUAUACAAGAUAUUUCUAAUAAAAGACUGUUUUGCUAA